UCUGGCGGUUUCUGUUCCGGAAGACCCUGCCGCCCAGCUCCUUGUGCCAGAUGGACUACGCCGUGCUGGGCCUCGGAGACUCCUCUUAUCCCAAGUUUAAUUUUGUUGCCAAGAAGCUGCACAAGCGGGUGCUGCAGCUCGGGGGGAGCCCUCUGCUGCCGGUGGCCUUGGGGGACGACCAGCACGACCUGGGACCAGACGCAGUGAUUGAUCCCUGGCUGCUGGCGUUGUGGGACAAGAUCCUCACCUUGUAUCCCCUCCCUCCAGGCCUUGACAUCAUCAGCCCAGAUGUGUGCCUGCCUCCAAAAUACACCCUGCACUACGUGGCUGAAGACUCCUCCUGCUCUGAUGGCGACGUGCUCCAGCCAAGAGCAGCCAAGGCUGUUCCCUCAGAACUACAUCCCUUUGCUGCUCGGAUGGUGUCCAAUGAGCGGGUCACGGCAGAAUCCCAUUUCCAGGAUGUCCGGCUCAUUGAGUUUGAUAUCACAGGCUCAGGAAUCAUGUUCAGCGCCGGAGACGUCGUGAUGAUCCAGCCCCAGAACAGCCCCGAGGAUGUGCAGCAGUUUUGCCAGCUCUUGCGCCUUGAUCCCGACAGGCACUUUGUGCUGAAGCCCUCGGAGCCCGGCACUGCCCUCCCCGCCCUCCUGCCGCAGCCCUGCACCAUCCGGCACCUGGUUACCCACUACCUGGACAUCUGCAGCGUGCCGCGGCGCUCCUUCUUCGAGCUCCUGUCCUCCCUGUCUGCCAGCGAGCUGGAGCGCGAGAAGCUGCAGGAGUUCAGCUCGGCGCAGGGCCAGGAAGAGCUGUACAGCUACUGCAACCGGCCGCGCAGGAGCACCCUCGAGGUUCUUUGGGAUUUCCCUCACACCGCGUGUGCCAUUCCAGCCGAGUAUCUGCUGGACCUCAUUCCUCGCAUCAGACCUCGCGCCUUCUCCAUCGCCUCCUCUCUGCUGGUCCACCCCAACCGGAUCCAGAUCCUCAUGGCAGUGGUGUAUUACAAGACGCGGCUCAGCAAACCCCGCCGUGGUCUCUGCUCUAACUGGCUGGCUUCCCUCAACCCACAGCAUGGAGAAGUCCGGGUCCCUCUGUGGGUGAAGAAAGGAGGAAUGAAGUUCCCAAGUGUCCCCGACACCCCCGUGAUCAUGAUCGGCCCUGGCACAGGCGUCGCACCUUUCCGAGCAGCAAUACAGGAGCGGGUAGCACAGGGACACAGAGGGAACUGCUUAUUCUUUGGCUGCCGACAGAAAUCCAAGGACUUCUACUGCCAGUUGGAGUGGGAAGAGCUGGUGACGAAGGGUUUCCUGAUGCUUUUUACAGCCUUCUCCAGGGACCAGGAGGAGAAGGUGUAUGUCCAGCACCGCAUCCGAGAGAACGGAAAGCUGCUGUGGGAGCUGCUGAGCCGCAGGGACGCUCACGUCUACCUGGCUGGGAAUGCCCAGCAGAUGCCGGCAGCAGUGGCCGAGGCCCUGCAGUGGGUGCUGCAGUCGGAAGGAGGCCUCUCGGCCUCGGAAGCUGAGGAGUAUUUCAGAGCCCUGGAACGGUCCCAGCGCUUCCAGUCGGAAACGUGGUCAUAAUCCUGGCUCCCCGCUCCCUGCAAGCUGCACGGAAGAGCCUGAGCC